AUGUCAAGCUGGCUGCUAGACAUUCUCCGUCACGAGUUCGUCGGCAAGUGCUUCUUCCUAGGUCUAGUCAUGCCGCGCUCGCGCCACGCGGGUCGCACGGCGGCGAUAGCGAUCAGCGUCAGCUUGGGCACGCUCGGCAUCGCCGCAGCAGGCGCCAUCCUGGCCAUCCAGCUCGCGCAGAGCGGCAGGGAGCUGUUCACGGAGGAGGAAUGGGAGUCGUUCUUGGACGAAAGAGGACGCAUCACGUCGUAUGAGGGGCUCCUGAAGGCUAUCGCGGCCUCCCGCGGCGUGCAGGCGUCCCUCCGCGCGCAGGUCUGGCCGCGUAUCCUGGGCGUCGUCCCGCCCCGCGCGGACACAGAAGAGCAAGCACGCAUCACUACGGACCUCGCCCACGCGUUCCAGCGGCUCGGCCACCACGCCCAGCGCAUGGAGAACGCCCUCAAGGACGCGUACGAGGUUUCCCUGGCGGGCGGCGCCGCGGUGGACCUCCCACUGGAGCUGGCGCAGUUCCGGGAGGCGCACGGCAUCGUCCUGCACGACGUCAUCCGCACGGCCGCCUCGGCGGGGCGGCACGGCGCCGCGGAGACGAAGCCGCCGAAGCAGGGGUCGGUGGUGCGACGCAUGGUGUCGGCGGGGCAGGCGGUGAUGAACACAAUCGGGUCGCCGCACAAGCCCGCGCGGCUCGACGGCGGCGGCGCGAACGCCGACGGCGGCCGCGGCGGCGCGGGCGCGGGCGGGCUCACGGACGCGCGCGCCGUGGAGGUGCAGCCGCCGGCGUGGGUGAGCGCCAACAUCCAGGAGGAGGUGCUGGCACGGGAGCACCUGUCGCCGCACGAGAAGCGGCUGGCGGUGCGGAUGGCCGCGCUGCUGCUCGCGUACGCGGUGCUGGACCCCGAGAUAGGCUACUGUCAGGGGAUGUCGGACAUAGCGCUGCCGUUCGUGCAGCACAUAGAGGACGACGUGCAGGCGUUCUGGUGCUUCCAGCGCGUGAUGCUGCGCGCGCGGGACAACUUCCGCAUCGACGACAUGGGCUUCCGGCGAUCGCUGUCGGCGGUUGGGAGGAUCCUUUCGGAGUGCGACCCCGUCCUGCACCACAAGCUCGGCCAGCUCGGCGCCCAGGACUGCAUGUUCGCCUUCCGCAUGGUCGUUGUCAUGAUGCGCCGAGAACUGCCGCUGUCGGGGUGCCUGCGCAUCUGGGAGGCCGCGUGGACCGAGGACCAGAUCAACGCCAUCCAGUCCGCGAAGAUGCGCCAGCCCCGCGAGGGCGCCGGCAUGUCGUACGGCGCCCUGCAACACAUGUUGUCCAUUCACAGGAGCGCGAGCAAGCUGCCGGCGUCCGCGAUGGCGGACGCGACGCCGCGGGCGCUCGGCGAGACGCCGCGGGACCCCGCGGCGUCGGUCGGCGGGCUGUCGGUGCCGCGCGGGUCGCCGCCGCCGCAGCCGGGCUCGUCGUCACGCCCAGCAACGGCGCGGGCUGCGAGCGUGGAGGCCCGGGACGGCGGCGGGCGGCCGCGCGUGCGUGCGUCGAUCGAAGGGGGCGACCCGCUGUCCGCGGAAGCGGCGGCGCGGGAGGCGGGGGACGCGGCCAGCGCACCCAGUGCUGGACCCAGCCCGCUGCAGAGCGCCCGUAGCGACCUGUCGUUCGGGUGGCUGGCGCGGCAGCCGCAGCGGAUGACGGUGGGGGAUCCGGGCGAGUGGGACAGGGAGCUGGACGGGCUGCUCGAGUUCGAUCUUCUGGCGUUCGUGGUCGCGGCAGCGGUGCGACAUAUGAGGCGGAGAAUCUUGGACGAGUGCAAGUGCGUGGACGACGUAGCUGCGAUGUUCGCCAUGCCCGAGGGCCGCGGGCCGUCCUGGGACGCGUCCUCGCUCCUGCGGGACGCGCGCAGGCUGCAGUCGCGCUUCAUGGCGCGCGUGGGCGCGGGGGCCAGCGCAACGGUGCGUGCCAGCCUGGAGGGCGCGAUGCAGCCGUCCGUGGCGAUGGGGGACCCGAUCGGACCGGUGCACGCGGCCGCGGCUAGGCAACUGUAG